CUGCUCCAAUAACAGUGAAUUCUUGCGAUGGAAGUUCGACGCAGGCGAACAAGGACGCAGGAUAACAAGCAAGUGCAAAGCGCCAAGUUUGAUUAUGAACAUAUUCCUGGCAAUUGUGUCGAAAGCAUUCAACAAGAUGAGACGGAUAAAGAAAUUGCUUCGUACACGUUUGAGAAAUCUGAGAUGCAAAAACAAUUGGCGAACACAGGAGCGCGAAUACGGAUUAAAAUAAGUCUCGAGGUCGAUAUCAUUUCGCUUAUUUUAUUGUUAGCUGGGAUUAUUACUCGGCUUUAUCGCUUAGAAGAACCACGAAGUAUAGUAUUCGACGAAUUGCACUACGGAAAAUACGUGGGGCUCUACAUGAAGAGAACGUUUUUUUUCGAUUCACAUCCUCCUCUAGGAAAACAGCUUAUUUCCGCAGCUGCGUAUUUAGCGGGUUUUGAUGGACAAUUCAAAUUCGAUAGAAUAGGAAGUCCAUAUGCGGAUGCUGUUCCAUUGUUCGCAUUACGAUUAAUACCUGCGUUAUGCGGCAGCCUUUUAAUUCCAACAGCUUAUCACUUAAUUUUAGAAUUAGGUCUAAAACAGUGGACUGCUACAUUAGCGGGAAUAUUACUAUUACUUGACAAUGCUCUUUUAACACAAUCCAGGUUUAUCUUGAUGGAAAGUAUUUUAAUGCAAUUUUCAUUGCUUGGGUUGAUAUGCAUUAUAAAAUUUAGAAAAGUAAUGGAUCAACCAACAAAUUUGUUUUGGUGGAUAUGGCUGACUUUGGGUAUUGCAAGCUUAACAUGUGCAUUAUGUGUAAAGUAUGUUGGAUUGUAUUCAUUAACUCUUGCUAUAUCGUUAAUUGUUUAUGAUUACUGGACUUUAAUACCAAGGAAGACUUUAUCUAGCACAGUAUUAUGUAUUCAUCUAGUAAUGAGAAUGUUUGUAAUAUUGGGCGUUAUUUGUACCAUUUAUUUGACUGUAUUUUAUAUACACUUGUCUAUACUUUCUAAAGCUGGACCACAUGAUGCGGUAAUGACAAGUGCAUUCCAAGCAAGUUUAGAUGGUGGUCUUGCUAGCAUUACAAAAGGCCAACCUUUAGAAGUAACGCAUGGGUCUCAAAUAACUUUAAGACACACAUAUGGCAGAGCUUGCUGGCUUCAUAGUCACAAUCAUAUGUAUCCACUAAGAUAUCCAGACAAUAGAGGCAGUUCGCAUCAGCAACAAGUUACAUGUUACUCUUUUAAAGAUGUCAACAAUUGGUGGAUUGUGAAGAAGCCAGAGAGAAAUGAUUUAGUUGUUACAAAACCUUGUGAACCAAUAAAACAUGGAGAUGUGAUACAAUUAGUGCAUGGAAUUACAAGUAGAGCAUUAAAUUCACACGAUGUUGCAGCUCCAAUGACACCUCAGAGUCAAGAAGUUUCUUGUUACAUUGAUUAUAAUGUGUCUAUGCCUGCUCAAAAUCUUUGGAAAGUAGAAAUUACUAAUAGGGAUAAUGUUGGUAUUGUUUGGCAUGCGAUUCAAAGCCAAGUGCGUUUAAUACAUGUAAAUACAGACUAUGCUUUGAAAUUUAGUGGAAGACAAUUGCCUGAUUGGGGUUUUAAUCAGCAUGAAGUAGUGGCAGAUAAAUUUGUGGAUCAAACAGAUUCCAUAUGGAACGUUGAAGAACAUAGGUACACUAAAAAUGAAGAUCAAAAACAAAGAGAGAGAGAAUUAAUCAAUGCUGAAAUGAUUCCAUUACAAGCUACCACUUUGAGUUUUUGGGAGAAGUUUGUAGAAUUACAAAUAAAAAUGCUCUUCAGUGGUCAAGAAGGACAGAAUAGUCACAUGUAUUCCAGUGAUCCUUUAGAUUGGCCUCUAAUGUCUAGAGGAAUUGCAUAUUGGGUUUCAAAUGAUAGUAAUGCUCAAGUACAUCUUUUAGGAAAUAUAGUAAUUUGGUACUCCGGAACAGUCUGUAUACUCAUAUAUAUAUUAUUAUUAAUAUUUUAUAUGUUACGUAGAAGACGAAUGUGUUUCGAUAUCGCGUACAAGGAAUGGAACAAAUUUUCUAAUAUUGGAAGCACAUUAUUAACUGGAUACUUGUUACAUUUCUUGCCCUUCUUUUUUGUUGAAAGAACUCUUUUUCUUCAUCAUUAUUUACCGGCAUUCAUUUUUAAACUAUUACUCACAGUCGCAACAAUUGAACAUCUAUACUACUUAAUUACAACUCGAUAUCAACAGAAACUGUCAUUACGUAUAGUAAAAUGUAGUAUUUUCAUAUGGUUAUUAUCCAUUACUUAUGUAUUUAAGAAAUUUACUGUGCUCAGUUAUGGAACAACACAUUUAAGCGCCAAGGAAGUUUUAAAACUGAGAUGGCGGGAUACAUGGGACUUCAUUGUACAUAAAACGUGAAGGAAUUAUUAAAGCUAAGAUAUUUUCUUUUAAAUAAAUAUUUACAAUGUAUUGUUAGUUACUUGUACCGAAGAACUUGUCUUGAGGUAUAUUAAUUACAUCACGAUGAUAAGAAAUAUGUAUCUUGUAUGUUAUGAUGCACAAAUUUUAGUAACUAUUGGACACAAUUCACACGAUUGAAAUACAAGUACAGUUGACAUAGAUUUAUUAUUUUUUGUACUGUAAAAUAUGUAGUUACUUAUAUAGACUGAUUACAUUUUAAAAUCUAUUUGUUAAUUAUUAUAUUCGUUUAUAUACGUAAUACACAAAAUCAAGCACAAAAUCUGUAACAUUUAUGAUAGUUAUAUAUUAAUGUGUAAUAUAAAAUUUAUAUAGUUUAUUAAAAA